AUGAGCUCGCAACCUCUGAAACCUCGUCGUACCUCUACCGUACUCGACCCGUACGCUUCACCACAAGUCUACUACGGCGAAAGCCAUUCGUCGCGGCAGCACAUCAGAGCGAGGACCUACUCGGCGCACGUAGAUCGCUCCGGUCGCAAUGCCCCAAUCUCAGAAGGCUUUUCCCACGGGCGCCGCAUCAGUCACGCAGAUGAGGCCUCCAUGCAACCGCGCCGCUUUCUCGUCCAGGUAGAGCCUACACUCAAAAUGCUUCUCUCUCGUGAGGACUCGGACCAGAACCACCAGAUUACCAUAGACGACAAGGGGCCCAAGGUGCUUUCUCUUGGUACCCUCGCGUCCAAUGCCCACAACAAAUUUGACGUGCGAGGCACCUACAUGCUCUCGAACUUGCUGCAGGAGCUCACCCUCGCCCAAGACUACGGCCGCAGGACCAUUGUCCUCGACGAAGCGCGUCUAAACGAGAACCCCGUAAACCGCCUUUCUCGAUUGAUCCAAUACUCGUUCUGGGACGGCCUGACGCGCCGUAUCGACGGCUCCAACAUCGCAAAGGUUGGUGUCGACCCCAAAGACUGGACAGACGACCCACGUCCCCGCGUAUAUAUUCCUCGGGGUGCUCCUGAGCAGCAUGAAUACUACAGCCGCAUUGCCAAAGAGAACCCGGAGAUGCGCCUCGACGUUGUCUGGCUGGCCGAAAAUUGCGACGAUCCUGAGUAUGUGAGGGACCUAAAUAAAGCACCUGGGCUGCUCGCAAUCGCUAUGGAGGAGUGGAUUGAUCCCGUCACCAAGAAAAAGGACUUGCGGGGCCUGCCUUUUGUUGUCCCUGGCGGUCGCUUCAAUGAGCUCUACGGCUGGGACAGCUACAUGGAGUCGCUUGGGCUACUUAUCAAUGACCGUGUCGACCUCGUCAAGUCCAUGGUCAUCCAUUUUUGUUUCUGCAUCAAGCACUACAACAAGAUUCUCAACGCAAACCGCACCUACUAUCUCUGUCGGUCCCAGCCCCCCUUCCUCACAGAUAUGGCAUUGCGUGUCUACGAACGAAUCAAGCACGAGCAAGGAGCCUUGGAGUUCUUGCGGGAAGCCAUUCUGGCAGCCAUCAAAGAGUACCACUCGGUCUGGAUGUCUGCGCCUCGCUUGGACCCCGUGACUGGACUGACACGCUACCGACCCGGUGGUUUUGGUGUUCCCCCUGAGACAGAAGCCACUCACUUCGAGCACAUUCUGAUGCCGUAUGCGGAGAAGUACGGAAUGACUUUCCAGGAGUUCGUAGACGCGUACAACCACCGGCGAGUGAGCGAGCCUGAGCUCGACGAUUACUUCCAGCACGAUCGCGCUGUGCGCGAAUCCGGCCACGACACCUCUUACCGUCUCGAGAAGGUCGCUGCCGAUCUCGCUGUGGUUGAUAUCAACGCUUUGCUCUAUAAAUACGAAGUCGAUAUUGGCCGUUGUGUGCGGAACCAUUUCGGCGAUCGGCUCGAGGUCCCAGCAGAGUUUUGCGCUGGCGACAUGAAACCCGGCCAGGUUGAAACUUCAGCUGUCUGGGAGCGCCGCGCUAGAAGACGCCGCGCUCAAGUCGACAAGUACCUCUGGGACGAAGAAGCCGGUAUGUAUUUUGACUAUAACACCGUCAAGCAGGAGCGCACCGGCUACGAGAGUGCCACGACCUUCUGGCCCAUGUGGUCCGGUCUCGCUACUCCACGACAAGCUAGCAUUCUUGUGGAGAAGGCCCUGCCUAAGCUAGAGGCUUUUGGCGGCAUCGUCUCCGGUACCGAGAAGUCUCGCGGCGAAGUUGGUAUCGAUCGUCCCAAUCGCCAAUGGGAUUAUCCGUUUGGAUGGGCACCGCAGCAGAUCCUCGCCUGGGUCGGUAUGCAGCGGUACGGAUACGAUGCAGAGGCUCAGCGACUGGCUUAUCGCUGGCUGUUCAUGGUGACCAAGGCCUUUGUCGACUACAAUGGUGUCGUUGUUGAGAAGUACGAUGUUACGCGAAAGAUUGAUCCGCAUAAGGUCGCAGCGGAGUAUGGUAAUCAGGGUAGCGACUUCAAGGGCGUUCCUCGUGAAGGAUUUGGCUGGGUCAACGCGAGUUACAUCUACGGUCUCACGCUUCUCAGCGCUCACGAGCGUCGUGCUCUUGGCGCUCUGACAGACUGGGACAACUACGACAAGGCCAUGUCGGAUCUCGGCAUGAAGUAA